AGAAGAUUUUAGAUAUUUUGAAAAACGCUUUUAGUUACUCAGGCAAACAGAAAACUUUAAUGCAAGCUUGCGUUGAUUACACCAUGAAGGCGGCCAGGGACUCGACGUCCGUGCAGGUGUCACGCGGCAGUUCAAGUCCUUUGGACUCCGCCAACGAUGAGAAUGUGAUCCUUUCCGACUACGCUCAUCCACAAGAAAGCGACAUCUCGGCAGAGUUAUGCGGAAGUGAAUUGCACUCUCCCAUGUCUAUGAAUUCAUCCGUUUCAUCAGAAAAGUUUUUAUCGCAAUCAGAUUGCAAUCGAAAUCACAGUGAUAUGAGCGAUGAUUGCCCAAGCCCGUUUCAGGACAAGAACAUUGAUCCGGAGCAUUCAAACAACAAAACAUCACCAAAACCGACGUUGACAGAAAUAAGUAAAUGCAAAAAAAGAAAACAGAGCGACGAACAAUCGUUAGAAGAUGCGCAUCAUUUCGAAAAUAACUCCGACGUCGAUGAAGAUAGCGAAACUGCAGAGCAAAAGCACAUGGCAGAUAUUGUUGGAGAGGCUUCAUCCCCCGGAGAAUUUCUAAAUCAUGCGCUUGAAUUUAUCAAGAACGGAAAAGACGAUACUUUACCCAGAAAUUACUGGCAACACAGCAGCACUGAUAGGAAAUCACAAUCACCGGAUAGGAUGGAUGUCAACCUAUCAAAUACUUCGAAGCGAACCAGAGUAGAUCGUGAUAACAUGAAUUCAAUGUAUCAAUUUUCCAACUUGAAUUCAAGUUCCCUAUACGAUGUUACCAGGAGAGAUAUAAAAAGAGAGCGACCUCGUAGCCGAGUAGAAAAUGCUGAUUAUGAAGAAACAAAUCAAAGAAAAUCAAACGCUGCAUUUCAGCGACGUUACCAAGACAUUAUAGCAUCGACUUUGACUUCGAACGAAAAGUUGUUCGUGGAAGCAAUCAAGCGUGAAGUAGCAAGCGCGGCAGAGUUUGCAGCUGAAGCUUCCGCGAUGCGCGUGCUAGAGAUGCUGGAAGCAAGCGGGGUGUAUCUCGGCAGAUCUUCCUAUAAACAGGUAGAUUUCCACCAGAACAACGAUAUGGCAAGAGCAAGCUCUUCUUCUAUUCAACAACAUGAAAACAGAAAAAGACCACUGUCAACAUCAAGCCCCAUACCGACAAAUCAAGAAAGGAACGAUCAUAAGAAAGCCGACCCUAUUAAUACACGUCGACGAAAUUCGGAAACAUCAGGAGAAAGAGAGAAAAUUCGAACCACAAGUCAAUCUCAACUUUGCUUUGGCAGUGUGGAAGUAAAUCGCGACGGAAUCACAAAAUCAACGCUGGAUGGUGAAACUAUUGAUUUAACCACUGUGGGCCGUGGAAAGGUCUUUCUGGAGACACCUCAAAAGAAGAGAGAAUCAGAUGACAAGCUAAGACAACCACAGAAACAGGAUGAACAAACUCAAGCUUUAUCUUUAGUCACUAACAAAUCGCCUAAAGCUUCUGUUUCAUCUUCUGCUCCAACCUCAAUUCAUCAGGACGUGCAAAAAAUGGUGAAUAUGCCACAGAUGAUGGAUUCGCUACAUCCAUUCAUGGGAUUUCCGCUAGUGCAAGGAAAGGUUCCAUUCAUCAAUCCAAUGGCUGACUUACCUGUUCCAACAUCUUUUCCGAGAAGCCAUCUCGGCUAUCCAUUUUCCAAGUUUCUUCCAGACGUAGUGUCAGGAAUCUCAAAAGAUCGUGUACGCAAAUCAGAUGAGGAGCAUUCGUCUUUUUCAUUUUCAUCUUCGAUGAAUCCUCUCAAGUCGAGACAGAGACUUAAACCCCGAGUAUCUCCUCAAACUGACGACAGAAGAAUUUCUCCGAUAUCUGAACUAAAACGACGAAGAGACAUUCCUACAACAGCAUCAUUCGUGGAAGCGUCCAAUACCAGUGCAUUCCGACCACACGACAGCAUGCGUUCUUUAGCGGCUCUCCACCAUGAUACUACGCAUUUGUUACGCCGCAGUGGCGGACCAGAUCAAAAACCCCUGCAGCACCCACCUCCAUUCAAUUUGAUGUAUCCGUUGGGUUUUCCACUGUUACCCAACUUUCCCUCGAGUCCACAUAUUGCGGCGGCGGCUUUAAUAAACCAAGCUAGAAGAAGUGGAGUAGCCGACUAUGGUGAUUUAACAAAUGGUUCUUCCAGCCUACCUGCAGAGAGAAUGCCGACUGUUCACCCGUCUCUUCGCAGCCAAAUGAGAGACUCAGGAAAUUAUAUGGGUUGUUCGUUCGGUGCUUCACCAAUGAAUUUAAGGGAUUCGGGAAACUAUGAUAUGGAGGGAAGCAGCUACGCAUUUCCAAGCAAUAUGCAAGAAGGCCUUACUCCUCAACAUUUAAAGAAAGCAAAACUGAUAUUCUUCUACACGAGAUAUCCGAAUGCAAAUACAUUGAAGACUUAUUUUCCAGACGUCAAGUUUACACGAGCGAUCACAUCUCAACUGAUCAAAUGGUUCAGCAACUUCCGUGAAUUUUUCUACAUACAAAUGGAAAAAUUUGCCAGGCAAGCGAUUCAGCAAGGAGUCGUUGACCCUACAGUACUUAGGGUUUCUCGUGACAGUGAAGUUUUCAGAGUUCUGAACAUGCAUUACAAUAAAUGCAAUGAAUUUUAUGUUCCAGAAAAAUUCCUGCUCGCUACCGAGGCGAGUCAGCGUGAAUUUUUCAACGCGGUUCGUGCUGGGAAAGAUAGCGAUCCGGCAUGGAAGAAAGUCAUCUACAAAGUUAUUUGUAAACUCGAUUCGGAUAUUCCAGAAGUGUUCAAAUCUCCAAACGUUCUUGAUAGACUUCAUGAAAUCAGAGAAUAAAGCAUCAAACUUCGUUAACGUUACCUAAUUGCAAUAGAAUCUUGAGGUGCGGUUAACGAGAACAACUGACUCGCAUGUGAUCGCCAUCUAGCGGAUAGCUAAAUGAAUGAAACUAGUUGGAGAAAAGGACAAACGCGGACGGGUCUUUAUGACCGAACAAUGACGAAGCACAUAAAAAUAUAGUAGAUCUUUACUCUCCUUGGUGUCUCAACAUUUUAAUAAUAAACUAUUAUUACAUUUCAAUUUAGGCAUAUUUAUUAUCGUCCUAAUUCAGAGGAUAUUAUUAUAGGUAUUAUCAAUAAAUUUUCCUAAAAAAGCUCAAGUGUGUAUUGCAUAUCAAUCUUUUCAAUUAGAUAAUUCAACUUUUUUAUCAAGUUCAAAUAAAUUAGUAUCUGUGACAUCUAAUAUAAUGAUUGUGAUCGCGCUAAACGUAUAUUGAAACUUGCUUGUAGUAAACUUAUAGUAAAAUGUAUAUAUGGCUACGGUAUAGCUCACUGCCAAGUUUAUAUUUUCCAUUUGGUUUUCACAGAGCAAAACUAUGAUACAGCUGUGCAAUAAUAUAUAUUGUAAAAUCAUUGUGCAAAUACAACGUUCUGUCACUGCCCGUAUACAUACAUAUCAUACUGUUGUAAGACCUCUGGGGGUAGUCUAAAUCUAAAUCAUUUUUUUCUCUUAUCUUACUUCAACUUAAUUGAAACGUUAAACCAGUGGUCAACCCUUUAUGGCCAGUGGCCCCCUUCCGGAGGCUAUUAGCACUCGCGCUCCUGUUUAUCAUUUCAGUGGUAUUUAUAGGGUUAUUUUCAUUAGUAUAUUCCAAUUCCUAUUAUUAUCGUACAAUUCAUGCUUAACAUGGGGACCAUGGGCCCCCGAUUGGUAACCGCUACGUUAAACUAUGACUCCGAAUUCUUAAAACUUACUUAUUUAUUUACUAGCAUGAUUGUUACUAUUAGCCUCUAGUGAUAGUUAUUUUCGUGUCCGUGUUACGUAUUUUCUAUGUGAGCCUAAAGUUAACUACAAUGUGUUUCUAGAUCAUCAAACGCUGUUGAAACUUCGGGCACUGACAAAAAUAGGUGAUGUUUAAUAUUGUGUUUCCUGCGUAGUCUGCUUUUCGUAUCAGUCAAUGUGGAAUGCUUUAGAAUUUUUCACUUGUAUAUUAUAUCGCCUUCUCAUCAGUUAUUCAAAUCAGAUUACUGCUAUUUUUUGUUUAUUUUGUUUUAUGUAAGAUAAUUUUCGCCAUUAUUCUUCAAUCUUUGAGUGAUCCGCUGUGUUUUAGAGGUGUUACUUGAUAUUUACUGAAUAAAAAUCAUAAAUUGCUCA